UACCACGUAACUUACUACUUAUACAUGCUCUUUUGUCACUGUUCCAUGUUCUAUUCCUCAACUAGCCUCCACUAACUUCAAUACCACCAACAUUAAGGGUCGGUUAUGUCCACCAUGUACGAUGACAGUUUGGAAGGCUCUCCUCGCAGAAACUUGCUCGCGCUUGCAGUAUCAGACCAGGAGUGGCAACCAAUUCUUCAUGCUUCAAAUCAAGUUGUGCUUUACAACGCAACUUCUCAUGCUCUUUCAAUACAAACUUCGCCUUCAAGGGAUGAUUCUGUGGUUAGGCGCCACCAUACUAACCGUUUGUGCCCAUAUUGUCACCGCCGGCUUUCAAGCGAUGGCAUGGAUGAGAUUAUUCACGAUGUGGAUGAGGAUGAAGUCUUUGAUGAGCUUGAAGACGGGAUUUCUUCAAGGGUACCAAACUAUUUCCAACUGCUCCAAGUAGCCAACGAAACCGCUUCCGUUCCGUCAACUCCUCCUAGCUUGCGUGAUGAUGAUGUCCCUGACCUCGGUGAAGGUCCAAGUAGUGCUAAUGGUUCGAAUGGGGCUUUUCGUGCUGGUGCUAUGGCUGAGGGAUACUUCAAGACCUUUUUCCAGGAGGAGUGUAGACUUGGAAUGGGAGCCAAUGGGACAGUAUACCUCUGUCAGCAUGUUUUGGACAGCAAUCCUCUUGGUCAUUUCGCAGUAAAGAAAAUUGCAGUUGGCCAGUCGCACUCAUACCUUCUCAAUAUUUUACGUGAAGUCCGUCUGCUAGAAACACUCCAUCAUCCAAAUAUCAUCCAGUACCACCAUGCAUGGCUUGAGACGUGCCAAUUCUCGUCGUUCGGACCUAAAGUCCCAACCUUACACGUCCUAAUGCAAUGGGCUGAAGGCGGUAGCCUUGACGACUUCAUCGACGUUCGGCUUGGCCGCCCUCCACCAGCCUAUCUCGCCCAUUUCCAUACACCGAGUGGCAAAUUCGAACCAAAUGCACCUGAAGAAGAUUCAGAUGCGCGCGAGGACGUACAGUCACCUUCUUCUUUCCUUUCCCGGAGUGCCCGUAUACGCGCAUUCAGGAAUAUGCAACGUGCUCCACCAGAGGAACGGGAACGUUUGAAACGGGAGCUUGCUAUGAGCGCCGCUUCUGGACAAUCGCGUUCACGGACCGGGAAGGCGAAUUGGAGGGCUGUGCAUUUGCUCAGUGCUGAAGAGGUUAAGAGUCUAUUCUCUGAUGUUGUUUCUGGUCUAGCAUUCUUGCAUGACAAGUCUAUUCUUCAUUUGGACUUGAAACCGGGCAACGUCCUCCUUACUUGGGAUGAAGGCAAACUUAUUCCAAGGGCUAUGCUUUCUGAUUUCGGGACAUCUCAAGACAUGUUGAACCAACGAACGAGGUCUGGUAACACGGGAACCCUGGAAUAUACCUCCCCAGAGUCUCUACCAUCGCCCUCAACCGGACUCCUGCAGCAGAUAGAUUCGAAGUCGGAUAUGUGGUCUCUUGGUAUGAUACUAUACAAACUAUUAUUCCUUCGAUUGCCGUAUCGUUAUGCUUCGGACAAUGUGGAGGAGGAUUCAAAACGCGAUGGUAAGGAGAUCUCUGAUCUUCUUGAGAAAGAAGUCCGGGAAUACCCUGGAUUCAAGGCGACAUCAUCGAUGGUUACUUCGUUUGAAUCGCGACGUAUUCCUCGCGCCUUCCUCAUCCUACUCGAAAACCUGCUCACUGUUGUUCCUUCUUCACGACCGUCUGCUGAACGUGUCUUAAGUGCAAUUCGCGAAGGAAGGCUUGAUCCACUUUCACCAGCACCCAGUCACCGGGCAGGCCUACAAACGUCUCUAGUACCCGUUCGUCGGAAUGGUGGCCAUCCGGCCCCAGGUGAUACCGAGCAAGAACACAACCUAUCAGGUGUGAGUGACUACGAAGAUGCGACUGAAGCCCACCCCCCGUCCGAGAAACGUAUCCCGUUGCUUCCAUCUGACGGAGAGGCCUCCGUAGCCGUAGCCUCCAAGGGUCCAGGAUGGCUCAGAAACAAGACGACUUACUUACAGGUCUCUCGUUUCAUCUUGAUACGCACAUUAAAAUCCGUCAUCUUGAUCGCCAAGGUAAGUCUAUGUGCUAGUCACCUUUGUGGUCCUCCGGUGGACCUGAGUGCGGCUCUUCUAGGUAGCAUCGAUUUCGACGAUGUGUUCAGAUACGAGGCUACGGUUGUUCUUCAAGGCACUUGCAUUGGGCCUGGCUGUUGUUGAUACAUGGUUCGAAAGUCUCUACGUUACGCUCCUACUUGGGGCCCUUCAUAUGGUUCUACUUCAAUUCUCGUGUUGACGAAAUUCACAUCCCUCAUGGUUUAUCACGGAACCUUACUGGACAUUUCUAUUCAAGGUGUUCUUACGAAAGAUUGGGAACAAGUCGGGCAUAUGCAUAUACGUACUCAGUUGAAUUGAGCUCAUUUCACUGUAUCUCAAUAUCGCGCACAGAAGGAAAAAGUGUGAUGUUUUUAGUUGAUCGUUUGUUUGAAUACUAAUGUACAUUGUUGUGCUUUUAUUAUUGUUUCGUAUGUUUAAUUGUUUUUAUAUGUUAUUUUUAUUUUUAUUUUUAUUUUUAUUUUAUCAUUUUUAAUGCUUUAUAUUUUUAUUGGACUUUUUAUUUGUUUUUGUUAUUUGUUUUUUUUAUUGGCCUUUUUAUUUAUUUUUAUCUAUCGUUUGCGCACUGAACAGCACGUCAAACCACAGCUCUACUAUCUACUUCGUUCACGACCCGCAAGGGGCCUUUCGCAGGCUCCAAGGCAUUUCUGACCUUGGACGCGAUGGUCGAGAUCCACUCUGUUCCCAAACUCUCAGAGAGUUCGGGAACUUCGAGAAGAGGCUCGAUGGCAUAAUUUGCCGGAGUGACAGGUCCUGAGCUCACUACGGAGCUGGACUGACUGUCAUUAUCGGUAAGACCGACAGAGUGUGAUGAAUUUGGGCUGCUCUCUGGCGAUGUAGCGGGAGUAUCAUCGCGACUAGAAACAGCCUGUUUGGGUAGAUGGACAGCCUUACGAAUAGACAUGUCCUUGACCUUCAUUUGGUCAAACUUCUC